AUGAUAGAUCCAUGCAAGCCGGAACCGAGCGUCGUAAUCAUAGGCGCUGGCAUGGCUGGAUUGUCGGCGGCACAUCGACUGGCUCAGUGCGGCUUUCAAAAUUUUACGAUUUUAGAGGCGACAGAUAGACCAGGUGGUCGAAUCCAUUCUUGCUGGUUGGGUGACGUCGUGGCGGAGAUGGGAGCCACGUGGAUCGAGGGUGGUUGCGUGGCGAAUCCAGUGUUCACCCUGGCGGCGCAGGAGGGUUUGCUGAAGGCGCCGCUCUUCCGGCCUGAUCCGAGCCGCGGGCUCUUCUGUACUAGCGAUGGCCGGGCCAUCGAUCUUCCGGUCAGCAUCACGGCGUAUCACACCUUCCGACAGAUCGAGCAGCAAGCGGCGGCUCUUUUCGCUCUUGGUUGCGGCCGUGCCCACGGUACGUUGCUGAAUUUUAUGGGCGUCAGAAUUCAGCAGGAGCUGCACAACUUCCCGGAGGAGCAACGGUAUGAUGCCGCGAGGGUGAUGUACGGCAUGACGAACUGCGUGAAAUGCCGAUGCGGAGAUGACCUCUCGCUCGUCUCGGCUGAUCAGUUUGGCAGUUACAUUGAAAUCCCCGGCGGCAAUAUUAGAGUACCGUUGGGGUACGUGGGGGUGCUGGCGCCGCUACUUCGAGACUUGCCUAGUUGUUGCGUCAGAUACUGCAAACCAGUCAGCUGCGUUCGAUGGGGUGCAGUGAGCGGUUCAUCCCCUCGAGCGGUGGUCAAGUGUUGUGACGGCGAGGAAUUUCCUGCUGAUUAUGUCAUCGUGACCGUCUCGCUUGGAGUCCUGAAGCAUCAUCACACGAAGCUGUUCUGUCCUGGAUUACCAGCAGAAAAAGUCGAAGCCAUCAACAAGCUUGGCUACGGUCACGUCAAUAAGAUAUUCCUCGAAUACGCGAGACCUUUCUGGGUCUGGCGAGAGGGUUGCAUCAAGUUGGCUUGGUCCGCCGAAGAGCUGACGGACAGAGACGGUUGGGUGAAAGGUCUGGCAAACGUGGAGGAGUUAGCUAACUCUCAACACGUGCUGUGCGCCUGGGUAUGUGGACGCGAAGCUAUGGACAUGGAGCUGUGUUCUGACGAGGAAGUGGUGGAAUCGAUAACGCGGGUCCUUCGUCAAUUUACCGGUGAUCCCACGUUACCGUAUCCCGCCAAUAUUCUAAGGAGCAAGUGGUGCAUGGAUCAAUACUUUGCUGGUGCCUACAGUUACAUGGCGAUGGACAGCACUGUUGGCCAUCAAUGUGAUCUGGCCAGUCCAUUACCAGGUUCGUGUGAACCGACGCCUCCAAUACUCUUGUUUGCGGGUGAAGCUACUAUACCAGGGCACUAUAGUACGGUACAUGGUGCAAGGCUAAGCGGUAUUCGCGAGGCGGAGAGAAUCAUUCAACUGACGAAACAAUACGGCGGUCCGCCGAAAAUAGUAAAAUAG